ACGGGGAGAACGUAGACGACGGUAUGGAAGAUUCAGCCGAAGCAAUCGUCGGCGCGGUGGAGAGUGUGGCGAGCAACGAGAUAGUCCAGAAUGCCGGGGAGGUGGUCGGGGAUGCGGUGGGCGUCGUGCACGACGCUCUUCGAGAGGGUGUCAAGACGGGGACGGAGGUCGUCCACGGAGCAGCCCGCGCCAUGAACCAAGCAGGCGGGGUUACCUCUCGAGACAUGCCUGACAUCGAGGGCGUCAAAGAACGUGCCGAGCGUUACGCCGAGUCGAUGGAAACCCAAGCCGAAGGGCUUGCUGAUUCUGCUGCGGAGGCCUUCGACUGGGCCCGGGAAAACACCCCAGACGUCCUCAGAGCUGUCGACACCGACGGAACGCUGGAGGUAAUGGUCGAAGAAGUGACCCAGGAAGCAGGGGAAGCCGUGGUGGAAAUCUUGGGGGGAGAAGUAGCAGAAGAGAUGUUGGAGGCGGCAGCCGGAAGUAUUCCCGUCGCGGGUGCCCUAAUUCCCUCGUACUACCUCAUGCACGGGGGUGUGAAGGCCGCCGCCGAAGUAACCAGCCUGGCAGCGGCAGGCACGAUGGCUUUGGUUGGAGGGGUGUACGGCAUCGGGGCCGCGCCGUUUGACGGUGGGGCAUCCUGGGGCAAGGUCGCGAACGCUUCGAGGGGGGUCUCUGUUUGGGGCGCGAGCAUGGGCGCAGAGGGCGGACUGAUUGCCAC